UGCGGCGUGAUCUAAUUAUCUUUUUAGCUUCCCCAGACGGCCGUGAAUCUUAUCGGAAUGUUGGUAUGCUCAACGUGGAGAUGUCUAUCUCUGCGUAGCUCACGGCAUUCUACCGAUAAGAAAAACAAAAAAAAAAUAAAUGACUUUCAUUCCACAGUUGAUCGCACUAUUCACAGUCCCCGAGAUCAAUCUCUGCCGUGUGUAAUUCCAUCACCAUGAACAAAACCAACUAAAACCUUUUCUUUCUUUUAUGUCAUUUCCCCUUGGGGGGUGCCAUUCAACUUCGGUCUAAUUUCGUUCAACUCGCAUGUCUUUAUACUCGACAACAAAUUGGCCCCUUUUCCUAUUUAAGAAAAAAAGUUUUGACAAUAUUAAAAGAUGGCUAAUAAAAAUAAAAACGGCCAUUUCGUCAAUAUGGCACUCCCGCUGGGGACCUGGGGUUGCGGUUAUAAUGAAGAAAGUUUUGUUUGUGUUUUCCGUCGUAUACUUUUUUACGAAUUUCUUCCGUUCGGGAGGGGUUGUUUCUUUUUUGGCGGGAGGAUUAAACGAGAGUAGACCAACACCCUCCCGAUAUUGGCCUGCGCGUGACAAACGAGUGCCGAGAUUUUGGACCCCACAAACGUCAAAGUCAACUCGAACCUUUUUUUUCGUGAAUAACCGCCUGAGUCUCCCGACUAGAUUCAUAGACGACCGCAGCUUUUUCUCAAUUCAAUUUACGGAGGAUUUUCUUAGUACUAUAGACGCGCGGUGGGGUGUGAAUUAUAUUAUUUUGGUUGUUACGUAAAUACCUGUUGCUGCGCACAGGAAAUCUGGUCCACCACCCCCUCCACUCGGGAAAAUCUCACCCCGCCCCCUUUCGUGUAGGUACCUUAGAGCAGACGGCGGCGGAGUAGCGGAAGAUUAUAAAAAGGAAGUUGAACCGUUCCGGUUAGUUGAGUUGAGAUCAUCCAGGUGUGCCGACAACAACAUCAUCUAUACACCAACUGAAAUUCCAAAACUUUUAAGAAAAAUCUUAAACAGCCACACAACAUGCGGAUCGCCAUCUUUCACUCCUUGGUCCUUGUCGUGAUUUACUUGGCCUACAGCGACGCUGCACCACCGCAGAUCCUCAAGUCGCAGUCGCUGAUUCCUUUCCCGCGGGUGGGCCGAUCGCGAUCCUCGUUCAUCGCCAACGCCGUCGGAAGUGCCAGGAGCGGCGGAGCGGGAAAUCCCAUGAUGAUGGGCUCCGGAGGCAACGCCAACGUCAAGAGCCCCAACAACUGGAUGAUGUUGAUGUUUCUCUACUACGCACAAAAAAAGAAUAACGCAGACAUCAAACGACACUUGAUCCCGUUCCCGAGGGUCGGCAAACGCCAGAAUCUCAUCCCGUUUCCCAGGGUGGGACGGGCCGGAUAUUACCAGCCUGGAUUCUUCCCCAGCACCGACGACGAGGAAAGCCAGGCCAGCAUCCAGCAGCAAUUCGCCCUGUCGUCCGAAGAGUCCCAGGCCUCCGCUCCGUCAUCUUUCCUCCUGUCCGGCAGCGAUAUUUUAGGCGCUUUGAAUAAUGGGCGAUCCAAUAGCGACGAGAGGACCGCCGUAUUCAUCCCGCGUCGAUGGAUGACCAACAGCCAAGAAUCGGAGGAAUAAUAAAAGAGUUACGUACACACAGUCACUUUCUAUUUAUAAACACAUACAGGUCACCUCUGCUGUAUGGGCUUAUAUCUGACUAAAACUCAUUUCAAAAUAUCCUAUACGAUGCAUUCCACAGCAGCUGAUCUCUAAAUGUUAUAUCCAAAAAUCAAAGUGUGUUAACAAUUCUUUUAGUCUCUGUCUCAAAAUAUCUGCUAUAACCCUUAGUCAAUGGUUGCGUCACCCCUUGGUAAUGGGGGUCGAAAGAAAAGAGAUAUAUUUCCUCCUAUCGCCAUCUCCAAUCAAAAUUUUACGCAGUCUGAAAAAAGGGCUACAAAAACAAACAAAAUAACAUAUUUAUUUUGACAAUUGUAUCGUGAACCAAAAAUUAAACCCCACCCACCAAAAAAAGAAUUGUCGGAGAACGGUAGAAACAUUUUUUAAUUUUUAAAAUUUGAAUAUACUGUUGUGAGCAAGAAACAGUUGUGUGUAAUUUCAAUGUUAUCUAUGGGGGAAAGGUUAUAUAAUUUCGAUAUUUAUUUGAUCUGCAGUGUCAACACUCAUUGGCUCAGCUCUGCUGUUGUAAGAAAAUAAAAUUUGAAGCUUAUUGAAAACUCCAAAAAAUGUGUAAUACAAAAGAAUCUAAAUUA